UCUGUUGAUAUCAUGCUCGUUUGGUUGCAAGGCUAUUGGUCAAGUCCUUUACCUACGUCCCUAUGUCAAUGAUUUCAGCACAGAGUGGGUGUUAUCGUCAGUAACCUUGCUGACAGUUGGAUCAGUCUUGACUACAUAUAUUGGAGAAAAGAUAUCUGACCUAAAACUUGGAAAUGGAACAUCACUUUUGAUAUUUACAAGCAUUAUAUCGUAUUUGCCUGCGUCAUUUGGAAGAACGGUCUCCCAAGCAUUUCAAGAUGGAAAUUACAUUGGAUUGACUACCAUUGUCAUCUCAUUCCUCAUAUUAGUUCUUGGUAUUGUGUAUGUGCAGGAAGCGGAGAGAAAAAUACCGCUUAAUUAUGCUUCAAGAUACAGCAGCAGGAGUGGGGGCCUUCAAAAAGCUGCAUACCUACCUUUUAAGGUGAAUAGUUCUGGUGUGAUGCCUAUCAUAUUUUCCACAUCUUCAUUAGCAUUGCCUGCUACUCUGGCACGCUUCACUGGUUUAGAUGCUCUUAAAAAGGCUGCACUUGCACUAAAUCCUGGAGGGGCUUUAUAUCUUCCAACAAAUAUAUUGUUGAUAGCUUUCUUCAACUAUUAUUAUACCUUUCUACAACUAGAUCCCGACGAUGUGAGUGAACAGUUAAAACGGCAAGGUGCUUCAAUCCCGCUUGUUCGACCAGGAAAAAGCACGGCUGCAUUCCUUAAAACUGUGAGUACUUUCAUUCAUACUUUCUUCAUAAUGGAGUGGAAUGCUUUUAGCCGUCCAAACACAUUCCUUCUCAUUUCUUGAAAGUUAGUCUUCAUGAUUUUGUGAAUAUUAACUUUAUCAUGUAAAGCUCAAAGCAAACAGGAGAGGCACCUUUUUGAGUAUGAAAUAUUUGGGAUAUCCAUUUUUUUCACAAGAUUUUAACUCAUACAAAACUAGCUUUUCUUUCA